AUGAAAGAUACCACUACUCGGCCAGAGGCUAGAGCACCUACGCGUACCUUUGCCAUUCAAGUAAGAGAGGACACCACUGCUCCAGAUGUGAUUGCUGGUACAUUCUAUCUCUUUGAUGUUACUGUGUAUGUAUUGAUUGACCCUGGGUCCACUCAUUCUUAUAUUUGCAUUGCAUUAGUAGUGGAAAAGAAGUUACCUAUUGAAUCUACUGAUUAUGAUAUUCAAGUUACUAAUCCGUUAGGUCAAAGUGUGAUAGUUAAUUUAAUGUAUUGUAAUUGUUCACUGAAAGUGAAAGGCUGUGAAUUCCCUGCUGAUUCGAUGUUACUCCUCUUUCGGGAAUUUGAUGUUAUUCUAGGAAUAGAUUGGUUAUCUUUACAUGAUCCUAAAUUAAUGCGAAAAGGUAAUGAGGCAUUUCUAGCCUACAUUCUUGAUACUCGAGAUUCAGAAUCAAAGUUAGAUCAGUUACCAGUUGUUAGUGAGUUUGCUAAUGUGUUUCCUGAAGAAUUGUCGAGUUUACCACCUGAUCGUGAAGUUGAGUUUGUAAUUGCUAUGAUUCCUAGAACUGCUCCGAUAUCAGUAACACCAUACCGUAUGGCACCAGCUGAAUUAAAAUAG